GGAGGAACCACGCGCCUCAUGCAUGCACACAGCAGAGCUCUCUAGCUGUUCGAACCUCGCAGUUCUGUACAGAUUGAAUUUUGAUUGUUUUCUAAACCAAGAACAACGUGCUCGGUGUACUUGCGUGUGCUGUCAGUCUGCGACGUGUGUGUGGUCUCAGAGCAACUGCAAACAUGCCUAAAAGAGCCAAGAAGAACGAGGAAUCUGUGGAAGGGGAGACUGACAAUGGAACUGCACCUGCAAAGAAAGAAAAAAAGGGGAAAGAACCCGAAGCCCCAAUUCUGUAUGAAGAUCCCCCAGAUAAGACAACCAGUAAGGAUGGGCGUUCUGCCAGCAUGAAGAUUACCUCCUGGAAUGUGGAUGGGCUGCGUGCAUGGGUGAAAAAGAAGGGACUUGAUUGGGUACGUAUGGAGGAUCCAGAUGUGCUGUGCCUGCAAGAAACGAAGUGUGCUGAGAAAUCCCUUCCAGCUGAUAUCACUGACAUGCCCGAGUAUCCACACAAGUACUGGGCUGGAUCAGAGGACAAAGAGGGUUACAGUGGAGUGGCGAUGCUAUGCAAGACUGAGCCCCUCAAUGUCACCUACGGUAUUGGUAAGGAGGAACAUGAUAAAGAAGGCCGGGUAAUCACUGCCGAGUUUCCAUCCUUUUUCCUGGUCACUGCAUACGUUCCCAAUGCCAGCCGUGGUCUAGUGAGGCUCGACUACCGCAAGACCUGGGAUGUAGAUUUUCAGGCCUAUCUGUGCGACUUGGAUAAGCGCAAGCCCCUGGUGCUGUGCGGUGAUCUCAAUGUGGCUCACCAAGAGAUCGAUCUUAAAAACCCCAAGGGUAACCGCAAGAAUGCCGGCUUCACCCCGGAGGAACGUGAGGGCUUCACCCAGCUGCUGGAGGCCGGUUUUACCGACAGUUUCCGGGAGCUGUAUCCAGAACAGGCUUAUGCCUACACCUUCUGGACAUACAUGAUGAACUCACGGGCCAAGAAUGUGGGCUGGCGUUUGGACUACUUUUUGCUGUCAUCUGCCUUGCUGCCAGGCCUGUGUGACAGCAAGAUUCGUAACACUGCCAUGGGAAGUGACCACUGCCCAAUCACCCUGCUGUUGGCCGAAUAAAUCUGGUAAGCCCCUGUCUAAUCAGCGGGCACAGCCAUUCAGUCUCAUCAGUUUUCUUUAGUGCAUAAGGGUCUAGCCCUGUUAGCCCUAGAUUAGCAUUUCAUUUCUGAAACCAAAUACAGUUUUUUUUUAUUCCAUCUGUUAUUAUUGCUCUAAAUUUAAGAUGAUAAUUGUGACACUAAAUCUCACAGAAAAUGUUGACCAUAAGCUGUAUAUCUCGAAGUUGUAUUUUAGAUCUACAUGAUAAACACUGUCAAAACUACUAUGAUAAACUGUGUUUUCAAAAAACACUGUCUUGUGAGAUAUAAGUGACAAAGCUUGUAGGGUUUUGCUUUUGGUGCUAUUUUAACCUUUGGCUUUUACAUUGCUUCCUCUUCAGGUGGCAAAACCAGUUGAUGUGUUACUUGUUACAUCUGGUCAAAUUCAAACAAGAUGAAAAUCAGUUUUAAAAGUUUAAAUGUUAAAUGACUUUUGAAGAUGUUUUUUUGUUCAUGUUUUGAAAUAAAGUGUAGUUUAUAAAAAUCUAA